GCCGCCGUGAGCGGCCGGGGGAGGACGGUGGCCCGCGAGGCUCGUCGCAGACAACGCGGCGGCGAUGUCCGCGCGCCAGGCGGGAGCCGCGGCGGCAGCGGCUGGGCCUCGCGCGCGCCGGGCCGGGCCGGGCUUCCUCCCUGCGCUCUCUGGGCAGCGGGCCGGCGUCCGGCGCGGGGGCGGCGGCGUUGGCGGCUCCGGCGCGGCUCUCUGCUCCGCUUGCGCCUGAGCCCCGGCGGCCGGGCGGCCCGGCGGGGCGGGGCGGGGGUCCCCGCCCGAGAAUGGGCAUUCUCUUCACCAGGAUCUGGAGGCUCUUCAGUCACCAGGAGCACAAAGUUAUCAUUGUUGGGCUGGAUAAUGCGGGGAAAACUACCAUUCUUUAUCAGUUUUCCAUGAAUGAAGUUGUCCAUACGUCUCCUACAAUAGGAAGUAAUGUAGAAGAGAUAGUGGUUAAUAAUACACGUUUUCUAAUGUGGGAUAUUGGUGGCCAAGAAUCUCUUCGUUCUUCCUGGAACACUUAUUAUACCAACACAGAGUUUGUGAUAGUUGUUGUGGACAGUACCGACAGGGAAAGGAUUUCUGUGACUAGAGAAGAACUCUACAAAAUGUUAGCCCACGAGGACCUAAAGAAAGCUGGAUUGCUGAUUUUUGCUAAUAAACAAGAUGUUAAAGAAUGCAUGACUGUAGCAGAAAUUUCCCAGUUUUUGAAACUAACUUCUAUUAAAGAUCACCAGUGGCAUAUACAGGCAUGCUGUGCUCUUACUGGCGAGGGGCUAUGCCAAGGACUUGAGUGGAUGAUGUCACGACUUAAGAUUAGAUGAUCUCCGUGACCUCCUCUCUCAUGGACUUUGUAUGAACGAAGUGCUGGACUUUCCCUGAAAGCUGCAAAAAUUCAUGGUUUAGAUAUAUUUAUAAUAAACUGAUUUAAACUUUUUCUAUAAGAAGAAAAAUUAGGACCACUUAUUUGAAAACAAAGAUGAAGCCUCACUCCCAAUCUACUUUCUCAUUAGUUCCUUCCAAAGCAAGGUCUUAAAGCUGUGAUUGACGUGUUUCUUACAAUGAAUCCUCUCAGGACAUUGAGUGGCCUGUGGUAAGUGUAACGGGAGAGGAAACAUUUACCUUCAAGAGCUUUAUUAUCAGUAUCACCCUCCCUAGUUGAAUGUUGUUCUCUUGUUUCAUUAAGUCAAAAUACAAAUCAGCACAAAUCAGUUUCCUCUUUUAAAAUGUAAUGUUACUUAUAAAAAGUAUUUUGCAUAAAGUUGUGUAUGUAUUGUGUAAAUACCUCAAGUUCCAGUAAAUGACUUUGAUUUAUGUUCUAAGGAAAAGUGGAUAACACAAAAAUUAAUAAUAUUCUUAGUAUAACCAUAAUGCAAUGAGUACUGGUAUUGAUGUUAAAUGCCUUUUUCCUCUGUGUUCUGUCUUGUACUAACCACCCACACCAUCACCACCUCCAAAUUAUUGAGCUGCUCUUGAAAGAAAGAAAAAGGGGAAAAGCUUGACAUUGUUUAUCUGUUUUUUUGUUGAUCAAGUCACAUGCAUGGAAACCUAAUCCAGUUGAGUGGGUAUCUUAUCAUAGUCUUGCGUAGCCUCAAUGGUAGAAUUUCCCAUUAAACUAUCAGCUGUUCCCUUUGACUGGAGCUUAUGCCAUCUGGGUUACUGACUAAAUUACUAAUCCAUUAAUGUCAGUCAUUAAUUAUGGUUAAAAUUAAUGAUUUUUUUCAGCAUUAGUGGAAAGCUGUUUUAUAAAACAUGUCUAUCCAGACAAGUAUCACCCUAUAAAUACUAUUAAAUAAUUUAGCUAGAAUUCUAAAUUUAGGUAUUUAGUUAAAAGCAUUUGAAGUAAAUUUGAGAUAAAACUUACUUCCCGAGCAACAAAAAUUUCUUAAAUUAAAAUUUUGUUUCUUAGGAAUUAGAAUAAUUUGAGAUAUUCCUGUUUCUGUGGGUCUUCACUUUAUCUUCUUACACAACUACAAAGUGCAAAUUUUUAAUGAUCUUAAGAAUCUGUAUUAAAAUCUAAUUUUUUUAAGCUAAGAAGUAAUGGCUCAAAAUAUGUUUUUUGUUUACUUAGGUUUUUGUUUUAUAUCUUUCUAAUUUCAUAAAAUCAGUGGUAUUUCUGUUGUAACUGCACAAAAACUUCAAUGUGUUUAAACAUAUUUUUGGGAUACUUUGUGAAUCUCAUGCCCUCAAAAUCUGAAGGCAAAUCCAAAUUGGCUUGUUACCAGAUAUUCAAAGAAAUAAUGACUUAGAAUUCAUAAGAAUUUUGAUUAGAAAUAAUAACAUAGCAUAUUCUAUAAACUGGCAAAACUUUGAAAGUUAUUUUCUACAAAAUAUACAGCACUUAAUAUCUAAAUCCAGGUCAGCAUGGAAGAUCUAUAUUGAAUACGGAAUGUUUUGUAGUUUAUAUGAUAAUGUUUAAAAUGCAAGUACAAAAUUUUAAUAUUUGCCAGCAUGCUUUGUAAAUCCUAAAUUCCUAAACUUGCUCAUAUUUAAUGUUUUAAAAUCUCAAUAAGGAUUUACUCGUUUAUUAAAAACUUAAAUCUGUUUUACUGCAGUUUUAUCAGAGACAAAUAUUCCUUAAAAUAGCCCAGCAGAUCCAUUACUUUUUUUUUUUUUUUGCUUUUUGGGUCACACCCAGCGAUGCUCAGGGGUUACUCCUGGCUUUGAACUCAGGAAUUACUCCUGGCGGUGCUUGGGGGACCAUUUGGGAUGCCGAGGAUCGAACCCGGGUCGGCCGCGUGCAAGGCAAAUGCCCUACCCGCUGUGCUAUCGCUCCGGCCCCUCCAUUACAUUUUUUAUCCUUUAAUUUGAAUAACCACGGUGUUUUGAACUCUGCCAUAUCAUUUCAACAGUAUACUAGCCCACUUUCUUGUCAUCAGGUAUUGGUUGAAAUGUAUUCUUAAUUAGGUGAUUGAAGCAUGUGCUCCAUUGUUAGAGUUGUUUUCACGGUGGACUAUUUACAUUAACACUAUGAGAAUGCAUGAGAUCUUAUAUAACACAUUUAAAAGACCUGAUUUUUUUUUGUUGUGUUCUACCCUUCUAAGCAUAAGAAACAUAGUAGUAUCUAUAUAUUAUGCAUAAAAUGAAAAUUGGGAGAAAAUUUAAAUUCUGGUAUGAAAAUAUGUCAAAAUCAUGUUAACAGUAUUACACUUCCAGAUAGGUGGGGAGCUUCGUGUAUUGUCAGUUUACAUGCAGCUUAAGAUGGAGUUAAACAAAGGACAGCGCUCUUGUGUAUAUGUUCUUUCUGGGUAUAAACAGAUAUUUAUGGUCAUUGCGCUCAGCUUUAAAAAGAGUAAAGCUUCAUACCUCUGUACAUGUGGGUGGAUUUAAAUAUAAUGUGCUUAAUACUAAUUUUGAAUAACUUCUUGAUAACCUGGUAAAAGUAACUAUGCUAUAUUCAUUUAAAUAUGUUUAUUUUGUCAUAAUUAGCAUUUUAAUUUAUAUCUUACAGAUUAUGUGAGGAUUCUUGUUUGAAAGUUUCACUUCUGCAGCAGCGCUCAUGAUAGGGCAAAGAGUGUAUUGAAAGCAGAUGGUUUGGGGGAUGGGAGGAGGGAGGUAGGGAAUAAAUCAUGACAUUUUGCCUUAAGUAUUAAGCAGUACUUUAGCACUGAGGAUAGGCACUUUUCAUGCAGGUAUAGUAAAAUGGUUUUAGAAGUAUAGUAUGAAAUAGAAGAGUUUCUGUUUCUCAUCCUUAAGAAGUGCCUCAUCAGUAGUUACAGUGAGACCACAGAGAAGCCCAGAGAGCUUGAGGAAAAGCAGGAAGUCCCGGUUGGUUUUCCGUUUUGUUUAAGUGAAUAGUAUUGAGAUGCCUAGAAAUGGGAUUCAGUUGUCCCUGAUCUUUCAGGCACUUUAUAUUUCUUGCUGUGACUAUGGCAGCCACAAAACAGUACAGAAAACCUCAAAAUCUGUUUAUAUUUAUGUAAAUAGGAAAGCUGUAGAGAAUUUUCUAGUUUUCUCUGCAGGCAAUUUUGAGAAUAUAUCUGUAGUCUGUUCUACUAUGUGUACAGGAGAUAGCAGCACAUCCCGGACUAUCUGUGAACUGUCUGUGCUCUCCCAACUGCCAGAUAAUAUUCUGUCAAUCUCUUCCAAGACUGGGUAAAAACAUGAUUUCUUUGCAUGAUUUAACUAUGACUUCUUUGUCCAAUAUAAUCUGGACAUUCUUGCUUCAAGAUGAGCUUUCCCAUCUCUCUUUUGCUAUUCUUCACUCACCAGCAAUGGAGAUAGAUUAUCCAAACUCUGUAUACCUAUUGUUCCCCAAAGUAGUUUCUAAGGUACUCCAGUUCUUUGCUCUCCAACCACUGACUUGAUUGGUCUGUGUCUUGUUCCUAUGAGAGUAUAUUGUCAGAGUUGCGAGUCAGUCAACAGACUGGCUUGCUGGCUUUAUAAUUUGUGAAUGCCAGUUAGAAUUCUUUAAGUUAUACUGUAUUUAACAUCUUAAUGUUUCAUAAAGUUUUGGCUUUACAUUGAUAAAAAGUAAAUUCAGAAUGAGAAGAGACUACCUAGACUACCAUUUCUUUGAGUUAUUCCUCAGAGAGGGAUGUGUAUUGUCUUCCCAUUACCAAAACUGAGUUGUGUUUAGAGAGUAGCAAUGUGAGUUAGAGAAAGAUGCCAAACCAAAUUUAUACACAGUAUUGAACUUGAAGACUUCUCUGUUUUAAACCACAAUCUACUUUCCAUUUUUUCUCUUAUGUUAAUAAAAAAAUAAACAUUAGAUGUGUGAAGGAAUUAGUAAUGAGACGCCAGUCUUGACAAAACAAAUUUGUAGAAAUGACCUUUAAAAGACAUCUGAGUAAUCAUGUGUUGACUUUGUGCUUGCAGAGGUACAUAGAAAAUACUUCCACUCUCACAAAAAUAAAACUUCGUAUUAUGCCCCCUUAAAGAAUGAGGAUUUUAAUAAAAGAAAGCCAGGAAUUAAAAGCUGGAUGCAAGCAGUGACUGAUUGAUUCUAUUUAACUCUAAAAACUGUGUGUGUAAUUGUGAAGAAAUAUAAAAGGGUGGAGUUGGGUUAAUUAUGCAAUAUUUCCUAACAGUUGUGUAGCUUUUGUGUAUCCUAAAUACUGAAGUUUGAUUCAUUACGAUCUUGCCUGCUAGAUGCACUGUUCUUGGUAGAAAAUUCUGAUUGUCUGUACUCAGGAAGUGCCUAAAAUUGAUUUGUGUUGAUUGUUAAGUCCCUCUAAUAAAUUAUAUAUGUAUGUGUUUUCUAUAUGUUCUUGGCUUACUGAUGACACACACUGAGGGGUUCUCAGUUGUACUCUGUUCUUAGAUUUAAAAAGCUUCAAAAUUGGAUAUAGCCACCAAGAUCCUGGUCAAAUCAUAGUUUAAGGAAACAUGAGUGGAACAAUGUUUCCUUUUCUUCUGAAAAAGUAUUCUUUGAUCCUGGCGUUAGUUACUAUAAAGAUUAGAAAACUGAACUCUGUUUCUGUUUUUUAACAGGCAGGAAACAGUUCUAAAACACCAGUAAAGAUUUGCUCCUUGUUCAGGGGUAGCCUCAACUUCCCGUGCUUGGUCUUGGUUAGUAAUUUGAGUCAUUUCAUUUAGAUAUUAAACCAUUUUGUGAGUAUAAAUUCCAAAAUUCUUGCCCUUUGUUUAACAAAUUCUUUUUUUAAACCACAGUAUUUGAUAGAACCCUAUUAUGUUUCAUACGCUGUUCCUCCUUUCAGUUUGCUUCUCCCUUACCUUAAGGUAUAAUUACAAAUUAUGGUUGCGAGAUGUCCAUGUUUUCUUGGUUGUUGCUUUUGUUUCUGUGCUCAGGUUUAUUCCAGUGGUGCUCGGGGCCAUGCUUUGCCAAGGGAUCGAACCAGGGUUCCAGCGUGCACAGUUUGCACUUCAGCUUGUUGAGCCAUCUCCUUGCCCCCUGGACCAUAUUUUCAAUGAUUAUGAUCACAUUUAUAGGUUCAAUCAUCUUGUGUGGAAUGUGAAAUUUGUAUAUAGAUGUAUUUUUCAGUAAUAUGUACUGUCCUCCCAGCCUUCUUAUAUUGAUGAUCUACAUAGAGUUCCAUUUUUUUUUUUUAACCUGAAAACAGUCCUUUGAUUUGGAGUAACUUUGGGCCAGAAAGAUAGUACAACCUACUGUCGGGUGUUUGUUCUGCAUAUAUCUGACCCGUGUCCAACUCCCAAUGCCCAGCAUUGUCCCCUCGCCAUCACCGCCAGGAGUGAUCCCUGAAGAUAGAGCCAGAAGCCUGAGCAGUGUGACCUAGACCCCACUCCCUCCAAAAUAAUGGAAAACGCCUUUAAAAUAAGUAUGUUCUGCUAUAGACCUUGAGAAGAGGUGGCAGCUGUAGAGCACUUUUGGAGGCAUUUCCAAGGUACUUUAUUGAGGAGGAAGCUCUGAUUAUUUCUAACAAGGACCCAAUUUCUAGAGAUAAGAAAAUGUACAGUCAGUUUGUGAUUAAACUAAUUUUUUAAAACUGUACUAUUUUUAAAUAUGAAAACUUAGAUUAUUGUAACUAUUAGCUAUGAAUCUUCCCUGCUUAUUAUAUUUUCCUAAGGACACUUAGAUGAAAUUAUAUCUAACUAGUCUCUUUGUGUUUGAACUCACACAUUGAACUCCGUGUCACUGUCAUCCCAUUGCUCAUCGAUUUGCUCGAGCAGGCACCAGUAACGUCUCUCAUUGUGAGACUUAUUGUUACUGUUUUUUGGCACAUCCAAUAUGCCACGGGUAGCUUGCCAGGCUCUGCCAUGUAGGCGCGAUACUCUCGGUAGCUUGCCAGGCUCUCCAAGAGGGGCAGAGGAAUUGAACACGGGUCAACCUCGUGGAAGGCGAACACCCUACUGCUGUGCUAUCCCUCCAGCCUGAACUCCAUGUAUAUUGACAUAAUUUAGUACAAGCAACUCAGAAAACCUUUUGAAAAUGUCUAGGUCUACUGUACCAGAAUUUCUAAUAUGAAAAGAUUCUGACUUAAACUUUGCUUGCCGGAACAGUGGAAAGUCUGUCUCUUUUUCUUAGCAUCCUAUGAAUUUGUGUUUCUCUGUAUCUUAGGGGGAUUUUCAUACUCGAAGAAUAUUCCCCAAAGUGAGUAUCUUACCGUGCUUGGGUGCUCUUGAAUGCCUUCGGUGCUGAUACAGUAGGUACCUAGGGAAAUAAUGCUUCAAGGCCUUCUUGACAACAUGCUGCAUGGACAGCUUGGGGUAGGGAGUGUCAGACUGAAGUAAGGAAGCCUCUUCCGGCAGAGGCAGUACACAGCAGCUUUGCAGAUCUGGAGCUUGAGUAUACUUGUAGUACUGUCCCUGUUUCCGACACAGACUGGAAAAUGCCUGGCUCCAGAAAUGUCAGGUAUUGAGUCUAGUGAUCGGUAACAGGCCUUGUUUCUAAUGAAUAACGGAAUACUACACUGUCAAGAUGUGUUUGAGGGGAAAUAAUGACUAAGAUGUUUGGUGAUUUCCUUGCCUAAUAUAUACAUUAACUUUUUAAAGAUGCAUGUUAACCUGGGAGAAAGUAUUAUCUCUGCUUUAUGCUUUGAAUAAGGAAAAAAAUCAAAUUGUUACUCUAUUCUGUGGUAUUACAUAUCCCUUUUCUUUCGAGAAGGUUGAUUAUAAAUAGUUUCUGUUUAUGUUGUUUUUUUUAUUCCAGUUUAUCUUCUAAAUUUGCGCAGACUUGGUGAUGGCAGCUCUGUUACUGGUCAGGAUUUCUAUGCCAGGAUAAUUCAAAAGACAACUGCAGACAUCUGUUCUCUAGGAAUCUUUUUAUGGAAAUAGGAAUCUUUUUUUUUUUUUAUGGAACUUAGUUGAUUAAUAGGAAGCUUUCUUUUACUUCUGGAUAUUUUAAUUAGAAAUGAGCCUGAUAGUGACCAGUUUGUAUGAGAAAAGCCGAGUAAUUGGAAACAAACAUAUGAACGUGGGCAUUCAUGUGAAUGGCUGAUAGUAAAUGAAGAAACAUAAGGUUCGGGAGAGAAGUGUGUGCCGUGCCUGUGUCUAUUUGAGUGUGUGUCCUCCACUGGAGUGCACGGGUGCUAAUGGCCAGGAGUGUUGUUUACAAUUUAUGUCUCAGUGCUGAGGAAUAUUAAUUUUGUUGAGCCACCCCACCCCUGCUGCACCGUGGUAGGUUUUUCUUUCUUUUGUGAUUGUGUCGUACUGUUUUUUUUUAAAUUUAUAAUUCUAAUUUAAUCUGUUGUGUUUCAAAAGGGAUCCAAGAAGACUGUGCUUCUUUCUCUUCUCUUCUCUUCUCUUCUCUUCUCUUCUCUUCUCUUCUCUUCUCUUCUCUUCUCUUCUCUUCUCUUCUCUUCUCUUCUCUUCUCUUCUCUUCUCUUCUCUUCUCUUCUCUUCUCUCUUUUUCCUUUUUGGGUCACACCUGGCAAUGCACAGGGGUCACUCCUGGCUCAUGCACUCAGGAAUUAAUCCUGGCGGUGCUCAGGGGACCAUAUGGGAUGCUGGGAAUCGAACCUGGGUCGGCCGCAUGCAAGGCAAACGCCCUACCCGCUGUGCUAUCGCUCCAGCCCCCAAGAAGACUGUGUUUUUAUCAUUUGCCUAAGAAAAAGACGCAUUUCCUUGAAGAUGACCUGAGAAUGUCAUGCAGUGCAAAUAAACUUGUACAAAUUUCAUUCAUUUGAAAUCUUUAUGACUCUAUAUCAAGGAAUAUCAGGAAUGUUCCAGAGUUUAUCAUAAGCAACUGUGUACACUCAAAUUCUAAAUGAUAUAACAGUACUUCUCUGGGGGAGAAAAAAUUCCUCAUGUCUUUUUACUUUCUAGUUUUGAUAUCUGGAAUAUCCCUUCUUAGUAAAUACCUUUAUUCCUUGAAGAAAAAAAAAGAUAUAUCUCAACAUAGAAUAGCCUGUCACAGUCCUUUUGAAUACACAUAUUCCUUACAGUCGGUACCAGCACAUUGAGAUUCUUUUGAUUUGGCUGCCCAGAUGAGCAGUCAUUCACAUCACUGUUUUUCAUUCUAGCAGAUCAUCUGUUUGAAACAAUUCCAGUGUUUGGAUGCUCCUGGUGUGUAGAUUCUCAAAUAAUACUGCAUUCCCAGUUGUAUUCUUAUAUCCGGAGCAUAGGAACGGGCAUCUUCCUCUCAAAGAUCAUUUUCAUAGGAUUUUAUCUGUAAAUCCAGAAAUUACUGAUUAAAUGUUAUAAACUUUUGAGAAUGCCUGUUUUUCAUACUCCAUUAAUGCUGUAUAUCUCAAAAGCCCCUUCUUUAAUAAAAGGAUAGACUCUUGCUUUAUUUUGUAUUGAUUGAAACUAUUCUACAGAUUUCAGUUUCAGUUUUUGUUUUGUUCAUUUAUUGGGAUUUUAGUUUUUUCUUGUGAAUGAAAUAAAUUCUUUAAAAAGUA